CAAAAUGGCAGCCCCCACGGUGUGCAUUCCUGGACAGCGUCUUGGAAGUGCUGAAGAAUAUCAAUCUGGGAGAGGAACAGUUACAAGACAAGGUUUCAUCUACUCGAGUCUGGCUGGUAUUCAACAUGAAGAGAAAAAGGGAGAAGAUCUUCCUGAAAUACAAGUUCUUCUGGAAGAUCAACAAACCAUGGUGCCAGAAGUAGGUUCUGUUGUCACAGCUAAGGUAGUGAAUGUGAACCCUCGGUUCUGUCGCUGUGCCAUCAUGGGGGUAGAGCGCACUCAACUCACCCAAAGCUUCAGAGGGAUGAUACGCAAAGAAGACAUAAGAGCCACGGAGAAAGAUAAAAUAGAGGUGUACAAGUCCUUCAGGCCUGGAGAUGUGGUCCUUGCAAGAAUUCUGUCUUUGGGUGAUGCUCAGUCGUAUCUCUUGUCGACUGCUGAGAAUGAGCUAGGGGUUGUCCUCGCUCAGAGCGAAGCUGGUGUGAAUAUGAUCCCGAUCAGCUGGUGUGAGAUGGUGUGCCCGAAGUCCCACGCUAAGGAGUACCGCAAAGUAGCUAGGGUACAAUCGCAGCACAUCAUACAACCUUCUGGUACAUAGCACGCUCUCUGUAGCCUCAAGUAAUCUAUAAAACGGCAGUAUAAAAUCCCCUGGGUCAGAGUUAACUCGGGUGACAUGGAGCCUGACCAAUUCCUUGAUCAGUAUGACCCGGAAUCUGUUUCUAAAUGACACAGGAAUGGGUCAAUAACAACGAAUGAGAAGUAAACUCUCGUUUUAUAAUUAGUGUCCGGGUGAGCCCGAGGUUUAGUUCGUAUUAUUCCAAAGUAUUCCGACAUAAAUAUCUGGGUUUUUUUUUCUUCUGAUUUUGAAGGAUGUUGUCCUGGUGCCAGGCUAGACUUGAUUCAAGUCUCUUUCUCGUGCGAGAGGUCCCUAUAAGAAUAUCCGCUAUCAAAAUGUAUAGCUAUUGUGCGUGCGGAACAGGUUGGGGAAUGCAUGAGCAUCACAAAACAAUAGUUUUCUGGCGGUAGCACGGGGUUGGGACCUGAGUCAAGGCUAGUGCCAGGCAUUCGCAUUGUACCAAUCUUACCAGUCCUGAGUGGCAUGUGGUUGUCGAGUUACCUUAGUCUGACGUUUCGAAGCUGUAACGAAAGAGGUUAUAACUCGUCAGAAAACACGUCAACGAAAUAAUCCGGAGAUUAGUUUAAAAAACUAUGAUUCCUCUCUUGAAAUGUUGACGGUGUCUGCAGGCCAUGAAUGUGCUCAUUUCCCCUCGGAGCUAAAUAUUGCUCCAAAAGGCUUAUGUCCAGUUUGUCGUCCCGCUAGCGCACAUCUCGUGUUUUAUUAUGAGGUUGUCCUUGUGGGGGCAGCCAAGUGUGUCGUCGAUAUGAUGUGUUUGGAAAUCACCAAAAGGGUUUUACUCUGUAAAAUUAUUUGAAGUCUUUGAUUAAUAAAAACAACAUAUAAAAACUACA